CAUUCACGACACAAGCAAGCCACAUGUUUCUGCCAUGUAAUAAAAAAAACAUGUACUCACCCUCACAUCCUCAAGUUUCACCCCCACCCAUGUCCAAAAUCCAACUCUCCCUGUCCAUCCAAUCCCUUUUCUUUUCAUGCAAUAUAUAAAAAAAUAAAUAAAAGAAAAAGUAAGCAAUAGAAUAAAAUAGAGAAACGAUUGGAGAGAGAAAGACAUGUUGGCCAAAGAAUCGGGUGGUUCCACCUUCGAUCUUCCCGAGGAAGUGUUGCAAGUAUUACCCUCUGAUCCUUUCGAGCAACUCGAUGUGGCCCGUAAGAUCACCUCUAUUGCACUCUCCACACGUGUUUCUUUGCUCGAAGCCGAGUCUUCUUCCCUUCAACUCAAGCUCGCCGAGAAAGACCAACAAAUCGCCGACCUUUAUGCCCAGAUCGAUGCCCUCGAUGCUUCUUUGUCUGAAACCUCUGAUAAACUCGUUAAGACCGACCAGGAAAAUGAGAGCUUGUUGAAAGAUAAUGCUUCGCUUUCUAACACUGUAAGGAAGCUUCAGAGGGAUGUUUCCAAGUUGGAGGUCUUUAGAAGGACGCUUAUGCAGUCGCUUCAAGAGGAUGAGGAAAGUUCUGUUGGGGGUCCUCAGAUCAUUGCAAAGCCAACACCAUCAGAAGAUGAUGCUACCUUGCCCUCAAGAACUGCUUCAAUGCGCAGCCAGUACUCUGAUAUGGGAAAUUCAUUUGUGGAGGAUCGUGACACAGAUGCAUCAAGACCUGGCAUACCGCAUGGCCUCCUACUAGCAUCACAAAUAAGCACACCUCGGGUAACUCCUCCAGGUACCCCACCAAGUCUGUCAGCUUCUGUAUCUCCCACAAGGACAUCUAAGCCAGUGUCUCCUAGGAGACAUUCAAUUUCAUUUUCUACCUCAAGAGGCAUGGUUGAUGAUAGGUCUGAAACCGGAUCACAGACUGGACGCACUCGGGUUGAUGGAAAAGAAUUCUUCCGCCAAGUCAGGGGCCGCUUGUCUUAUGAGCAGUUUGGAGCAUUCCUGGCAAAUGUUAAAGAAUUAAAUUCCCACAAACAAACAAGAGAAGAGACUUUAAGGAAGGCAGAUGAGAUUUUUGGCCUGGAUAACAGAGAUCUUUACGCAAUAUUUGAGGGUUUGAUCAAUCGCAACGUCCAUUAAAUCAGCUGAGCUAAAACUGUAUCUACGGUUUGUAAUCAUCCGUUUUUCCACUUUGUGAUUUAUUCAGAGAUUUUUUGGUGUAAAGUUGCCUAAUAAAAACCUGUGCUGUGACCCCUUCCUGAAAACUCUUUUUCUAUAGUUUUGUGUUGAGUGUAAGUUUGUUCAUACUCCAUGCCCUGUUUCAUUGUUGAGAAUCAUCGAAAUGCAUGUCAAAAGGAACAAUAAACAUACUUAUUGUUAACUUUUUUGUUCUAUGAUAUUUGAUGCUUUGGCUGAAAUUUCUUGUUCAAUUAAGGAGGGAGAGAUAUUUGAUCCCUGUUUCUAUUUUCCCCUGGGGAUCAUACUUUCUUUUGGAUUUUGAUUUUUAUAGUAAAAAUUGUAUCAUUAUUAAGUACUUACAUGUUAGGCACUUAGGCUAUGUAGCCCUCACCAAGGAAAAGAUGGAAGGGGAGAGAAAUAGAAGAAAUUUGAUUAAAAUGGUGAAAAA